AUCGAAGGGAGGGGGAUGGAGAUCAGAGUUGGAGGGGGGGGACAAUGGUAGGAAAAUGCGCGCGUUGGGUGGGGGAAAAUGGCGGGAAAAUGCACGCGCUGGGUGGGGUAGCCAAACGGAUAAGCGGAGGAAGAAGAGGAGGACGUUAACAUUGACGAAGAAGAGGAGAUGAAGGACGAUGACGCGGAGGAGGAGGAGGAGGAGAAGGAAGAAGACGAGGAGGAGGAGGAGGAAGAAGAGGAGGAAGAAGAGGACGAAGAAGAAGAGGAGGAGGAGGAGGAGAAGGAGGACGGCGACGAUGAGGAGGACAACGAGAUAGAAGAAGAAGAGGAGGUAAAGGACGAUGAGGACAACGAGAUAGAAGAAGAAGAAGAGGUGAAGGAAGAUGAUGCGAAGGAGGAGGAGGAGGAGGAGGACGAGGAGGAGGAAGACGAGGACGACAAGGAUGACGAGGAAGAAGAGGAGGACGAGGAGGAGGAGGAUGGGGAAGAGAAAGAAGGCGAGGAGAAGGAGGAGGAGGAGGAGAAGGAGGAGGAGGACGAUGAGGACGAGGACGAGGAGGAGGUCGUUGAGGACUAGGAGGAGGACAUCGAGGUAAAAGAAGA